AUGGCCAGAGCCUCCUCCACAAAACUGAAAGAAUCCAAAGCAGCUAGGUCGUCCAAAUCCACAAGAAAAGAGGCCAUUGUCAAACAGGAAGACUCAUUCGACUCUGAAAAUGCAAUUGACAGGAACCAGCCUGGCGAUCCUGUUGCUUUCGCCAGAAAAAGAAGAUAUAGACCUGGCACUGUCGCGUUGAAAGAAAUCAGAAAAUACCAAAGAUCCACAGAUUUUUUGAUUAGAAAGCUACCCUUUGCAAGAUUAAUAAGAGAAAUUGCUAGCCAGUUUGUAGGCGAAGAGUAUACGUUGAAAUGGCAGUCGGUAGCCAUCCUAGCUCUCCAGGAAGCUUCUGAAGCCUUUUUAGUCAAUCUUUUUGAAGACACAAACCUCUGUGCGUUGCAUGCUAAAAGAGUAACAAUAAUGCAAAAAGAUAUACAAUUGGCUAGAAGAAUAAGAGGUCAAUAUUAG